UGACAGCUAGGGGAGACAGAGAGGAAGAAGAGUGAAGCCGGGAUAGAGACACCAGCAGGUGCAGAGGAUAGAAACAAACAGGGAUACAAAUAAAAAGAUAGGAAAUCAGGGAAAAGUGAGUUAAAUUAUAAAAGUGAGGAAAAUAGUCAGACAGAAAAUAUACUACCAUCUUAGUUUUUUAUAAGCUGGAGCCCACUUAUUUUCUGCCACCCUCAGUGAGCUAUUACCCUCAUUCACUCGUACGGAUUCUGCCUCCCUCCUCUUCUUCAUCCAGUCAUCCUCUUUGACAGUCAGAGCCACCAUGGACACAGGGAGCCCCAGAAAGAUACAGUUCACCGUUCCCCUUCUGGACACACACCUGGACCCAGAGGCAGCAGAACAGAUCAGAAGACGCAGACCCACGCCUGCCACUUUAGUGGCAUCCAGUGAUCAAUCAUCACCUGAAAUCGAUGAAGAUCGUCUCCCAAACCAGUUGUACAAGGCAGCCUUGCUGAACUCCCCUCGACAACGGAGGAAAGGGCAAAAGGGAAACCCUACGAUGAAAGAGCUGCAGUUCAUGGUGGAGCACCACCUGUACAGGCAGCAGCAGGGAGGGGGGGACGAGUGCUCCUCAGAGAGCUGCCUGUCAGAUCGGCCCAGCCCCGAUUCAUUUCCCCCCGGGGAGGAGCUCCCACACGAUGAUGAGGCCACUGCAGAGGCCUUUGAGAAACUGCGCUGCCAAAUGGAGGAGUUCUCGAGGGAAAGUCUAUCAGAAGCUGCCGGUGGACUCGAGUGCCCCCACUCCAAGGAGAAGGAGGAUUGUUCCAGCCUUGCCAACGUAGCAGAUCCCUCAUCACAACACAAUAACGUGCAAGCAGACACAAAAGCAGCAGCAUCCAGUGCGAAUCAGCCAGCAGAGGAGAAGACAAAGAAAUGCAGCCUUGAGAAAAACAAAUAGAGCGGUCUUCUGCACAAAACAAAGCUGUUUUGUCUGCUAAGCCAGCCGACACAAUGACAGAAGAUUGCGUCUCCAGAUCCACUCUAGAUGCAUCAGGGCAUCCAUGUUCCUCUACAGUCAGGCCUUAGUAACCACACCGAGAACAACAACAAAGGUUUCUAAAAUUAUUUUGUGUGAAAUAUUUAAUUAAAUUGUAUUUAUUUAGCUUCUCCUUCACUGAACUAAAACUAGCUUACUGUAUCUAGUUAAUCACAAAGAGAGACUUUUGUGAUCUCAGUCCCACAUUCAAUUUCAUUAACUAUCACCACUUACAUGCAUCAUGUCCCCUUUAACGUUCAAAGGCAACACAUUUUCUGUUACAAAUAUUUUAGACAGUUCUUUAUCAUUACAUAUGCGCCAUGAUUCCUGCAAUUAUUGUUGCAUUCAAAGCAAUAAACAUGUAUUUAUACCUCAUAACUGGGACCGCAACCAAAACGUCAAAAAUUCAAAUGAAAUGAUUUAGUGAGGUUGAAGUGAGUGGUUUAUAGGCAACAAAUACUGUAGGUUGAUUGACAGAUUAAUGAAAACAUAUUUACACAUGUUCACAAAUGUAUUGGACAUCUCCAAAUACAUUCUGAAAGUACAUUGGAGUACAAUUGCAUGUUAUUUUUCUGCUACAGCAUGUAAAGCUGCAAAGAUUAGUCAAUGCAUUGACUGACAGAAAAUGUAUGGGCAACUAUUUUGAUAAUAGGGUAUUGAUUGAUUUUUUGAAAGAAUAAAUGCAGACUGUUGGUCCAACAAAAUAAUACAAUUUGAACUCUAUUCAUGAAGAGAAUAAACAUCAGAAACGUCAACCCUUGUAACCCUAACAGCAUCACACAUCUGCUUAGUUUCCUGUGCUUAACUUGAAAGGAGAACUUGAUACUGUUGUAUGAGUUUGUUGGAACACGGUUCGUUCAUUCAACUUUUCAAGUAGAUGGGGACUUUGUUUCAAUACAGCCGAUCAAAUCUCAUCAUUUCAAAUCAUAUUUGCAUAAAUCAUUGUUUAAAAAAACAUACAGCAACCUGCAACACAAAACAACCGCCCCUUACAUUGAACAACAUCUACCUUCCUGCAAAAACUCUCCUUAACAUACAUACGUGCAUGUCUGAACCUAAACCAGCAGCUUGUUGAAUGAGCGACCAAACAAACAUUCACAGGGGAACAAUGCACUGCCAUCGCUAGUUUGGAGGUUAGCAUGCUAAUCAGCUGCUCUGCUGCAGCACAUUAAACGGCAUGUAAACUUACUUACUUGCGAGUUUCCUGUCAGAUGUUGGUCCUUGCAAUUCAGCCGGGGCGUUAAUCCAUCCAUAGUUACUUUCAAACACCGCUGCCUACAAGUCUGCCCCUCAGAUGUAGGCUAAGAUGUGUUCAUCACAGACACACGCUCCUUAUAAUGAGAGGUAAAAGAGUAUGUGAUAUAUUUCCUCCAAAGACCUUUCUUUCUCUUUAAAAACAAAACCCCAAACUAUUAACUACAAGUCUAAAAAAAUUAACUUGUUAACAUUAUUUCUGACUUCAAACAUGAAUAAAUAUAUGUGAUUUCCAUUGGUUUUCCAAGGAGGACAUACAGUAGCUACUGAUAAUAGGCCAAUUUACAUAUUGCAAUUUACCAUGCCCGGUUACAGUAGCAAAUACACUUUAUACAAGACUUUUACCAGCAAGCUAGUUGUGAACUUCUAAAAGCUUCGAUAGAGUGUUGAGUCUGCAGAUUUGCUUACGAUUUAGUUUGUUUUAACUUAACAUCAUCAGUGACCAAAUUGUAUCAUCAUAUUUGACACUUUUUGGGGGAAAUUAAAUCCUCGUCAUAAAACUCUAUCCUGCAUGGCACUGAAUGUAGAGUGACUUUUUUUCGUGUACUAUUGUUUUGUAUGGGUAAUAAUUUCAAAAGUCAAUCAAAUUACCAGCAUUCCUUUUUCUUAUAGUUUUCUAUGAAACAAGAACAUUAUAAAGUCACCACCAUACAUCAUACAUGUACUUCAUCAGUUAUUUUUAGCACAUAGUGACAUUAUUAUGUAGAAUUUGUGACAAUCCUUCCAUAACAUGGAACAUAGAAACACGUAAAAGUAAUGAAACAAAAACCGUUAACAAACAGUAAGCUAAAGCCACCCCAGAAUGAUCUUGGUAUUGAUCACAACAAACCAAUGAUCACAAUGACUCAAAAAGAUGGUAAAAACAUUCCUGUGCAAGUUCUUUUCUUCUUCUGCGGUGUAUUAACGGACCACAUAAUGUUCUUUUCUGUUUUUGAAUGGUAAUAAUGUAAUAUGUAAUUGUUCCAAUUUUACUUGAAAUGAUUGAUGAUUACAUCUGUAAUCAAAAUUUAUUUGAUACAAUAAAAUGUUUAAAUUGGU